UUGUCGCACAAAGGAAGCUGCUUUUAAGGAAACCUAAAACAAAAAACGACGUUUGUGUUGCUGCUGCUUUUUAGUGGCCAUGAGCAUGGACGUGACUUUCCUGGGGACGGGCUCGGCCUAUCCGUCCCCUCACCGCGGCGCCUCGGCUCUGGUGCUGCGGAGCGAGGGCGACUGUUGGCUGUUCGACUGCGGGGAAGGGACGCAGACUCAGCUGAUGAAGAGCCACAUACGAGCCGGUCGCAUCAGCAAAGUGUUCAUCUCUCACCUUCACGGCGAUCACCUGUUUGGUCUCCCGGGCCUCCUCUGCACGGUCAGCCUCAACUCGACCUCCGAUCCCGAGCCGGGCGUCAAGUGCGUGGAUGUGUUCGGGCCCCGCGGCCUCCGCCAUUUCCUGCGAGUGACGCUGGGCCUGACGGGCUCGCAGCUGCUCUUCCCGUACGCCGUUCAUGAAUUGGAGCCCACACAAGACCAAAGUCCAGAGGGGGGUCAGCUCAGUCCCGAGGUGACGGCAGAGCGCGGGCCGCCGCUCCCUCAGGAGCGUCCCGGCAGAAACAUCUCAUUGGACGCUUCCGACGCUUACUUCCUUUUUGAAGACGACAGGUUUGUAGUGAAAGCCUUCAGGUUGUUCCACCGCGUCCCCUCUUUCGGAUUCUGCGUGCACGAACGCGACCGACCCGGAAGACUCAAGACGGAACUGCUCAAACAGCUCGGCCUGAAGCCCGGUCCGCUUUACGGGCGUCUCAAAGCGGGUCACCAGGUUCUCCUGGAGAACGGACGCGUGAUCUCGCCCGGCGAGGUUCUGGAAGAGAACGUCCCCGGGAGGAAGGUGUGCAUCCUGGGGGACUGCAGCUCGGCGCCGGGCGGCGUCCUCGCCCUCUGCCGGGAGGCCGACCUCCUGGUCCACGAGGCCACCCUGGGGGAGGCGCACGCGGACAAGGCGCUGGAGCACGGGCACAGUACGCCCGGGAUGGCGGCGGCGCUGGCGCGGGCCUGCGGGGCUCGGAGGCUGGCCUUGUAUCAUUUCAGCCAGAGGUACAAACCUGAAAAAGUAGAAGUAGUAGAAGUAGAAGUAGAAGACGACGUCUCGGAGCUGCGACGUCAAGCUGAAGAAGUUCUCCGCGACGACCGUGUGGAGGUCAUUCUGGCCGAGGACUUUCUCACCGUCGAUAUUCCGUCACGCAGAACUAAACCAUCUACGUCGUAACAAUUGGAUUGUUGACUGACAAGACUCGAGUGAGUCACUUUCGUGAGGAACAUAAAUGUCGUCUUCCGGAUCAUAAUGGUGACUGGUAACAUUCUCAGAAAGUCACUCAAAACAAAAAGACGUAUCGUAAUCUUCUUUGGCUUUGUUUUUAAUUUUACAAAAAUGUUUUAAAAAUAUGAAAUAAAAAGAUGUUCA